AUGAAAAGUGUUAAUGAUGAUCGACAUAAAGAGCGUUGACUCUAGAUUUUUUUUUUUUUUAAUUUUAAUAAUACAUUGCGAUUGCAAUAAAUUAAUAUUGUAAAAAUCGUGUUACUCCAGUUGUAUAGGGCGUGCAGCAUUUUCACGAAAGUCUGGAAUGUUUGAAUUUGACAACUAUUUUUUAACUACUUAUUGCAACCAAUAAAAAAUAAAAAUGUAUUAGAAACUCGUAUUUAAAAAUAAAGAUAAUUUAACCUGUAACCAUGUUACCAAAUGACAUAUUAGAACUGCAAGCCACAAGAACACAGGACAAACAAAAUUUUUUGUCAUCUGAAAAUGAGUCGGAUUCGUCGAUCGAUGUGCAAUAUAAAACCAUAAUAUUGACUGUAACUUCGAGAGCGUCUGAAGUUGCUGUUACAGUUCAAGAUAUACCCGGUGUGAUUAAAAGUCACAUUGUUAGUAAAAAUAAAUUACGUUUAACUUAUGACUCGAAAUUAAUCAACUCCGCUGCACUCAAAGAAACUAUCGAUAAAAUGGGGUUCUUAGUGUCUUUUGAACCAGAAAAACAAACUGAGGUUACCAUACACAUAGAAGGCAUGAAAUGUAAUUCUUGUGUUCGUAAAAUACAGAAUCACGUUCAAGAAAAAAUCGGCGUCAUCAGCAUUAGAGUGAAUCUUGAAGAUAAAUCUGCUCAUGUAUUAUACGACUCAAAUACAAUUACACUGUUCGAACUUCAGUCUUCAAUAGCCGAAUUAGGGUUCACCGUACCAAUUCAUCCUACAACAACAACGAUACAAAUUGACGGAAUGUCUUGCAUGAACUGUGUAAGAAACAUUGAAGGCAAAAUCGGUGCGUUAAACGGUGUCACCUCAAUAUCUGUCAGUCUGGAAGAGAAACAGGCGACCGUUGUUCAUCGUCCGGCAGAAAUAAAUACAUCGGAUUUAGCAGCGGCCAUAUCAGCUAUAAACUCUAAGUUUAAGGUGUCGUUAGGAGACCAAAAAAUAGAUUCUCCCCAAAAUAUCUACAGCACCUUUGUGUCCGAAGACGAAUAUAGUAAAGCUUAUUUGAAUAUCAAAGGCAUGACGUGUGCCUCUUGUGUUAUCGCAAUAGAAAAACAUUGUCUUAAAAUCAAAGGCGUUAAAAGUAUUUUGGUCGCAUUGAUGGCGGCAAAAGCCGAAGUGCAAUAUGAUUCUUUGAUAUUGCAUCCAGAAGACAUAGCCAACUCCAUCACAGAUUUAGGUUUCCCGUGUAUAGUUCUAACCGAGAAUAAUUCACGUGAAACUCAAAUUGAACUAAGAAUUGGAGGCAUGACGUGUUCUUCUUGUGUGAACAAAAUUGAGAGUAAUAUUUUAAAAUUAAAAGGAAUACAAAAAGCAGCUGUAGCGCUUACUACACAAAAGGGAGCGUUCACGUAUGAUAGCGAUUUAAUUAGUCCUCGAGACAUCGUUGAUCAUAUUGUUGCUCUCGGCUUUACCGCCGAUUUAGUAAACAACAAAGAUCGAGGUUCCAGAAGCUACUUAGACCAUAGUGAAGAAAUAAAUAAAUGGCGAAACUCUUUCUUAAUUUCUCUUUUGUUCGGCGGUCCAUGCAUUAUCGCGAUGACAUAUUUCAUGAUGGGCAUGACGUUUGGGUUCAUAGAUCAUUCGUCCAUGUGCUGUGUCAUACCUGGGCUUUCAUUAGAAAAUCUAAUAAUGUUCAUUUUAUCUACUCCCGUUCAGUUCAUCGGAGGCUGGCAUUUUCACGUUCAAGCUUGGAAAGCUAUACGGCACGGCACUACUAAUAUGGAUGUGCUUGUAUCGGUGGCAACCACAAUAUCAUAUGUUUACUCACUUAUUGUUGUACUAAUAGCAGUCACUGACACACCAGCCAAACAUUCCAGUCCAAUGACAUUUUUUGAUACGCCCCCGAUGUUGUUUGUCUUCAUAUCGUUAGGUCGAUGGAUGGAACAUAUUGCCAAGGGGAAAACUUCUGAAGCUCUUUCCAAACUGUUGUCGUUGAAAGCCACCGAUGCCUUAUUGGUGACCAUAACCAAUGAUUAUCAAGUGCUUACCGAAAAGGAAAUCCGGGUGGAACUGGUCAAACGCGGUGAUAUACUCAGGGUAUUGCCCAACACUAAAGUGCCAGUUGAUGGUAAAGUCUUACAUGGCCGAUCGGCUUGUGACGAGUCUUUAAUCACCGGAGAGUCAAUGCCAGUGAACAAAAAACCCGGAAGUUUAAUCAUCGGGGGCUCGAUGAACCAAACCGCUCCUCUGUUGAUGAUUGCUACACAUACGGGAGAAGCGACUAUGUUAGCCCAAAUUGUACGACUGGUAGAACAAGCGCAGACGUCUAAAGCGCCAAUACAACAAUUUGCUGACAAAAUUGCAGGCUAUUUCGUUCCUACCGUAAUUGCCAUAUCGUCUAUUACUCUGGCGGCAUGGCUUUACAUUGGCUGUUAUCACAUUCAAUAUCUACCGAUUCCAAAUGAAGACAAGUACGGAUCCGAUGGUUGGGAGAAUGCUAUACAAUAUUCAUUUAGAUGUGCACUCAGUGUUUUAGCUAUAGCUUGUCCGUGUGCUCUUGGUUUGGCCACACCUACGGCCGUUAUGGUCGGCACCGGCGUAGGCGCAUUAAACGGCAUAUUGAUUAAAGGAGCUGAAGCGUUGGAAAACGCUCACAAAGUUAAAUACGUUGUUUUCGACAAAACGGGCACUAUAACGUACGGAAAACCAACAGUAUCGCGGAUUUGCUUAUUUGUAAACAACACUAUAUGCUCUUUGAACCUUCUCCUAUCUAUUGUUGCCAACGCCGAAAUUAGUAGCGAGCACCCAUUAGCUUCUGCGCUUGUGCAUUUUGUCAAAGAAACGUUUGGAUGCGAAAUAUCAGGAAAAUGUGAACGCUUUCAAUCCGUGGCCGGUUGUGGCAUUAAAUGCGUUGUUUCUCAUGUAGACGAUCUGUUGAAAAUAGGUUCGAAAUCUAAUUUCAUUAUGAACUAUAACAACUAUAUGAGUGGACUCAAUCAGUCAUCAUUCGAGUUCAACAACGUGAUAGUCGAACUGGAAGAGGGAAAACCUGGAACUGAAGUUCAAUCGAUUCAGUUACACAAACUGCUGGACUUGAACGAAGAUAAAAAGCCUAAUGAAAUCAAAUACGAGGUGUUGAUCGGUAAUCGGGAGUGGAUGUUUAGAAAUGGCGUAACCAUGCCGCAAGAAGUCAAUUUUAAAAUGAUUUCCGAAGAGACUCUUGGCCAUACUGCUAUAUUGUGUGCCAUCAACGGCAUUUUGGUGGGAAUGAUAAGUGUGUCCGAUGUCGUCAAGCCAGAAGCUCAUUUGGCGGUUUACACUCUGUUGAAACGCGGUUACGAAGUGAUGUUGUUGACCGGAGACAACAGGAAAACGGCUUGUGCGGUUGCUAAACAAGUGGGUAUAAGCAGGGUUUUUGCAGAAGUUUUGCCAUCUCAUAAAGUGGCCAAAAUCAGAGCAAUACAAGAAAAAGGCAUACGAGUAGCAAUGGUCGGCGAUGGAGUGAACGAUUCGCCUGCCUUAGCGCAGGCCGACGUGGGUAUCGCUAUAUCUUCGGGCACAGACGUGGCCGUCGAGGCAGCUGACGUCGUUUUGAUGAGAAACGAUCUUCUAGACGUUGUUGGCUGUUUUGACUUAUCUAAUAAAACUGUCCGUAGGAUUAGACUAAACUUUUUAUUCGCAAGUAUGUACAACUUGAUUGGCAUACCGAUUGCCGCAGGCGUGUUCAGUCCUUUGGGACUGACGUUACAACCGUGGAUGGCUGCCGCCGCCAUGGCCUUAAGUUCAGUAUCCGUUGUGGGAUCAUCGCUUCUACUUAAAAUUUAUAAAAAACCCACGAUGAUGACGUUGACCACAUCCGAAUACCUUUCAAGGUCUCACGGUGAAUUAGACACCAUUUCCAUACACAGAGGGUUAGACGACAUAGAACCGUCGACUAUGAUUAGGUCGUCGAAUUCUUCAACGAUAUCUAAGCUUCUAAUGGGAAAAACGUCUGCUUCCGAAGCUGAAAAUAGACUUCUAAGUUCUUACGACGAUAUGGAAGACAUUGGUGUAGGGUAUGUCGAUAGAACAAAAAGCAUUAACGCUUGAGAUGCCGUAAAACUAUUCCUGUGUGACAAAAGUUGAUGCGUUAGAUCAAUUUAUACGACACGUUUAAGUUUUAAUAAAAUGUUUUGUUUUAUGUAUACAAUUUAUUAUCAGCUGAUGUAUUUUUUUUUUACAUCAACUUUUUUGUUAUCUUUACUGAACUUUGUUUUAAUUGUACUAAAUUAAUUUAUAAUAUUUUUUUUUUAAAUGUUUAUUUUGUUUAUUAUACUUUACUUACUUAAAACAAAUUUUAAGGUACUAAUAUCAUUAAGUUAUUUUUUUUAAUUUCCCUUUUAAAGCCCAAUAAUUAAAUACUGUUUUUAUUUUAUAUAACAAUAAACGUAUGUAAUAAUAUUUUUUACCUACUUAAAUUCAAGGUUCGUUACCACGUAUUGUUUUACCGCUAAAAAUACAUUUUAAUUUACUAGAGAUAUAUACCUAACCAAUGACAUUUCUUAUAGACAUAAUACUAAACUCAUUGUGAUCAGUGGCGUGGUUCGCACCAAAAAAAGACUGUCGAGGUGUCGGUCGACAUCUCUUUCACAAAAUAUUUAAAAAUAUUCUCUUCGACUUUAUUUUAAGCCAAAAUAUUUUAUUUACAUGUAAAAUGAAUCGUAAGACUUUUGGGACAUUCUCUAUUUAUAUUGAAAACAAAAAAAUUAAAUUAUAAAACCAUUAACUUAUUUUUGUAAAUAAAAUAAAAAUAUUUUAAACUGCUAA